CCUUAUAGCCCUGCGAUGCGAACUUCACCUUUCAGCCGUUGACGCCACACCUACCUCUGCCUCCACCUCUACUUCCGGUGACGGUGGCCAAUGAUCUAGGUGUAGCGUCUCCGGCGGCCCUAUUUUUACAUACAAACACACGCACACAUAUAUAUACACAGAGAGAGAUAUUGGGAAACAGGGAAGAGGAAGUGUGAUAUUCAGUGAUGGGUCAGGGGCUUAGUUGCGGAGCGAGCCCGGAGCACGAGCUCUUCACCGCCGUGCAGUUCGGCGACUUGCACACCGUCGAGGCUCUGCUGGAGAGAGACCCAUCUCUCAUCCACCAGACCACUGUGUACGAUCGCCACUCUGCCCUUCACAUCGCCGCUGCCAAUGGCCGGAUCGAGAUUGUUUCCAUGCUUUUGGAUCGAUCUGUUAAGCCGGAUUUGUUGAAUCGGUGUAGACAGACUCCGCUUAUGAUGGCUGCGAUGCAUGGGAGGAUCUCUUGUGUGCAAAAGCUUAUUGAAGCCGGGGCAAAUAUUUUGAUGUUUGAUUCAAGCCAUGGGAGGACCUGUUUGCACUAUGCUGCUUAUUAUGGCCAUUCUGAUUGCCUACAGGCCAUUCUCUCUGCUUCCCGUUCUUCCCGUAUUGCUGCCUCUUGGGGUUAUGCCCGGUUUGUAAAUAUUAGAGAUGAUAAAGGAGCAACACCUUUGCACUUGGCGGCCCGACAAAGACGAUCGGAAUGUCUCCAUAUUCUCUUAGACAAUGGAGGUCUGGUCUGUGCUUCAACUGGUUGUUAUGGCUUCCCGGGAAGCACUCCUCUCCAUUUGGCCGCUAGAGGGGGUUCUCUUGAUUGCAUCCGUGAAUUGUUGGCUUGGGGCGCCGACCGACUCCAAAGAGAUGCAUCGGGGAGAAUACCGUACAUGGUUGCUCUAAAGCACAAGCAUGGAGCGUGUGCAGCCCUGCUGAAUCCUUCAUCGGCAGAGCCUCUUGUAUGGCCGUCACCUUUGAAGUUCAUCAGCGAGCUGAGUGCAGAAGCAAAAGCUCUUUUAGAACAGGCUCUGAUGGAGGCAAACAAGGAGAGGGAAAAGAAUAUUUUGAAGGGGACGGGUUACUCGCUUCCAUCUCCAUCACAUUCUGAUGCUGGAACUGAUGAUAAUAUUUCUGAGGUGAGCGACACAGAAUUAUGCUGCAUAUGCUUCGACCAAGUGUGCACAAUUGAAGUUCAAGGCUGCGGCCACCAGAUGUGUGCACAAUGCACGCUCGCGAUAUGUUGUCACAACAAGCCCAAUCCGACAGCAGCUUCCCAAACCGCACCAGUUUGCCCAUUUUGCCGGAGCAGCAUAUCCCGAUUGGCUGUCGUGCAAGUUAAGGCUGAAAACCUCAGUAGUAGUGACCACGACACCGCCCCCUCAAAGCUGAGGAGACUGAGGAAGUCGAGGAACUUGAGCGAGGGCAGCAGCAGCUUCAAAGGCUUGUCAGCCAUGGGUUCGUUUGGCAAAAUAAAUGGGCGUGGCUCGGGAAUGAUAACAGCCGAAAACGAGUGGGUUGACAAGCCUUGAUAUCCGGCAGAAAGUUUGGUUUCUAGAAAUUGAUUUGGCAGUGAAAGGAGGAGCCCCCCAUGGCCCGACCAUUCAGGGCCCCCAUUUAAUGGGUAUAUAUAUAUAUAUAGAGAGAGAGAGAGAGAGAGAGAGAGAUCAUCUGCAGUGUAAGAUUUGAGAAAUAAGCAAAAGUAUUGAAAUUUGCAGGUUUUGGUUGGUGAGCAUUGUUGUGUAGUGUGGGGUCAAUCGUCAAUAUAUUGUUGUAAGAUUGGUUUACUUCAGCUUGAAGAAGCAGUGGCCAGUGGGGGGGGUGCGUACUCCAAAGAAGAAAAGAAUUCUUUCUUGUUUCCUUUUGUAAGGUGAAAUUCAAACAUUCUUCAAAUGCCUAGUUGAUAAUCAUAAGUGAAAUUCAGCAUUCUGCAGUGCUGCUUUAUUAUCAUAA